UGACGCGAGGAAGUGGGAAAUCAAAAAUGAUUGAUGCAAUUUUUUUGAAAAACAAAACAGCCAGCGAUGUGUACUUUCUCCGCCUAUCGACCGCUAGAGCACCGUGUCGGGGAAACAACCGAGGCAUGAACUCGCGUCCGGCAAUUCCCUCUACGAGCACGGAAUAAGGGAAGAAGGGAAUCUGAACAUUUCCGUUAGCAGUUUAUGCUAGCCAUGCUAGCGCUAAUGGGUUAGCUUUGUUUACAUCGAGCGCGCGCUUGUGCUAACUUGCUAACCUCAUUAAAAGCCUCCACUAUAUAUCAGCUCAUUCAUUUAAAUUCGAAUUAUGUAUCAUUUCACGGAGGCUGUGAUGCACUAGCUACACCAUGCUAACGCUUUGAUGAUGGCUCCGUUUACCGUCGCUGUUAUUGUCACAAAAUCAAUCAAUCAUGACGACAGCUAAGUGACGUCAUCAAGUCAUUUUGGCAUUACAAGCAUUUCUUGACGCGAAGUAAACAACAAAUUAAAAAAAGGGGAUGCUAACGUUAAGCUAGCCACCUGCCGAGCUAGCGUUAGCAUGCUAGCUGCACGUUUGAUCACUAAUCAGUCAAGUUAGUGCUUGUUGUUUAUUUGGGUCUUCGCCGGGACUGGACUAUCUGGAGGGCAUCGGACCAUGAACCCGAUCAACGCCACCGCGCUGUACGUGUCCGCCAGCCGGGCGGUGCUGCAGUGUGACCCGCGGCAGCCGCACACUUUCACCGACAUGCUCGCCCUGCUGCCCUUCUUCCGCCAGUCGCUGGCGUGCCUCGUCUGCGGUAAGCUGCUGCAGGAUCCCAUCUCUCCCACGCACGGCGAGUGUCAGCAUUACGUGUGUCUGGGCUGCAAAGGCCAGAAGAUGCAGGUCAGGUCGUCGUGUGGCCGCUGCAAGGACAAUUCGGGCUUCCAGGAGAACAAGCAGCUGUCGCUGCUGGUGCGUCUGUACAGGAAGCUGUGCCUCUACGUCACACACUCGCCACUGCUGCCGUCCAUCAGCGGCAACGCCGAGGUCAUGGCUCUGCUGGAGGAGGCGCUCCCGUCACACCAUCAGGAGGCGGAGGACGUGGGCCUGGACGAGCCGGAUCACGCCGCCGUGGCGUCCUUGACCCCCACGGAGGCGCCGCCGGUGCCCGCCGAGCUCUCGGCCGUGCCGCAGAGCUCCUCGUCAGACCCGCCUGUCUCCAACGGACCGCAGGAAUGCAACGGGGAUCUGCGGGAGUGCCUGGACCCCUCCUCCCCCGAGCUGGAAGUGUGCGAGCUGAUGGAGGAGACGCCCCCGGUGGGACUCUCCGUGUCCGACACCGCCACCCUCGAACUCAGUCUGACCACUGGACCCUUCGCCCCCACGCCGGGCACCGUGUGCUCGCUCAGGGACGGGGACUUGGGCGGCAGGGUGCUGGAGGAGGGUGAGGUGUUGCUGCUUAGCGUGGAGGAGGUCCUCCAGACGCUGGACCCCCUGCAGCCCGGCACGGACACUCUCCACGUGGGGCCGCAGAGGACUCACAUAUCCGCGGACAGAGCGCAGAUGUUCCUCCAGUUGGACGCCGCCCACAACUACACGCAGCAGACAGACAGGACUCACGCGCCCCCCGCCUACUCGUCUGCGGCCUUUGCUCCGCCUCCGGCCUCCAAGCCGCCGCCCGUGCGCCUCAAACGCAAGCGAUCGCGGUCCGAGAGCGACAGGGAGAAGGUGAACCCUCUCCCCAUCGCCUCCAUCCUGCAGGGCUCGUCCUCGCCCAUGCUGACUCAUCACGCCCUGCACGCCCCCGCCGCGCCCUCCUUCAGCACGCCGGUGCACUCCUACUCCUCGCUCCCCUUUAACGGCGCGCCCCCCAAGACCAGCCGGCCCGCCCAGAACCACAGCAAGGGCGCGCGGAAGCACGGCGACGUGGGCUCCAAGAAGCCGCACGCCAAGGCGCGCUCGAGCGGCGGCGCUAAGAGCAAAGAGCGCAGCAAAGACCAGCGGCUGCAGUUGUCCUCCUGCCUGGUGCCGCCCGCCCAGGUCAGACCCGCCUACAAGAAGCCUGUUGAGAAGAAAGGCUGCAAGUGUGGCCGCGCCACCCAGAACCCGUCUGUGCUCACCUGCAGGGGGCAGCGCUGCCCCUGUUACUCCAACCGCAAGGCGUGCUUGGACUGCAUCUGCCGCGGCUGCCAGAACUCCUACAUGGCGAACGGCGAGAAGAAGCUGGAGGCGUUCGCCGUGCCCGAGAAGGCGCUGGAGCAGACGCGGCUCACGCUGGGCAUCAACCUCACCAGCAUCACGGCGGCCGCCGCGCUCCGCAACCCCGGCGGCGGCGGCGUCGGCGGCAUCCGCGCCAACACUCUCCUCAACGUCGCCACGGCGACCGGCGCCCCCGUCACCACCGCCUUCCUGUCGCCCAGCCCGCCGCGCGACCCCUUGGAGGACAGCCUGGAGCUGCUCAUCGGGUGAAAGGUGCAAGACUUUUCUCUUUUUUUUCUCCAAUAACUCGGUGCUGAUUGGAUGUUGAUUACGGCCCACACCUCCCUUUCCCGCCUCAAGGGGGCGUGGCAGGCGGCCAUGGCAGCUAUAGGCUUGUCCUGUCCUCUGCUCUUCUUCUUCAUCCUCUUCUUCUUCUUCUUCUGGGUAGUGACGCUAGCAUGGCUGUGCCAAAGCCUCCUGUAUCGUGCCUGUGUGUGUGUGUAUGUAUGUGUGUGUGUGUGUGUAUGUGUAUGUGUGUGUGUGUGUGUGUGUGUGUCAUCUGUCCUGUCACACUUUUCCUAGAGGUGGUCUUUUUUCCCCUACUUUUUUCUCCCCAUCAAAUACGUAAGGCAGACACUUCCUGUUGUUAAAACAAGUCUUGGUUACCAUAGCAACAGUUACACACACACUGUUUACAGUAUUUUCCUCUCAAUGAUUAGGCUGCAAUGUUUCAACCAUGUGAUUGUAGAAAGUGUGUGUGUGUGUGUGUGUGUGUGUGUGUGUGUGUGUGUGUGUGUGUGUGUGUGUGUGUGUGUGUGUGUGUGUGUGUGUGUGUGAGAGAGAAACUAAAGCCAUACAUGAUAUGAUCAGAUGUUGCAGCACGGCUGUGAGACAUUUUUUUUAUGUCAACCAUGACAUUCUGCACCAUUUUCCUGUUCAAAGCACCUCUAGGCUGUGUGUGUGUGUGUGCGUGUGUGUGUGUGUUUGUUUGUGUGUGUCAUCUUCACUGUAACGGCAACACGUGGCGUCCCAAAAGAAAAGAGCGACAGAGUGAAGCCUCUCGCUAUAGAGCAUCUUUGUUGUCCACUUCCCAGGCGUAGAUUAUGUCAAGUACUCCUCCCGUGCGAGUGUUGGUCUCCAAAGUGGUUUCCUUUUGGGCAUUACUUGAACCCUCUGCUUUAGUUUGAGGUUUUUGUUUUUAUUUCUUAUUUGGAAUAGCUGAACGUUUUGGUUUGAGGAGUGCUGAAAGCUUCACUGCCAUAAUAUGAAUUAUGUAACACAAACGUGAAAUAAAUGAUAGUUUUUUACUUUUUCA